AUGGUCUCUGGCAAUACAUCAAUCCUGACACUCUCUAACCUGACAGCAGACGACCGAGAGUCGUACCGAUGGGAAUGCGAUCGAUGGGAGCGCCGCCGCUCUGAGUACCGCUCACAGCAGAAGGCACUAGCCGACCUGAACACGGACAUCAGCAAGACGAUUGCUGUACGCCACAUACACCUGAUCAAGGAUCAAGAGACACCCUACGACCGACUAAUCGCUCUUAAGAAGGUCCUUUGCCCAACCGACGCGACUCGCCGCCGCGAGCUUGCCGACAAGUACAACGCUCUCAAGACUGCUCCACGAGCCGCGAAGAAAGUUGAGCAAUGGCUCACUGACUGGGAGGAUUUUUUGAUUGCUUGCAAGGCUCUGGAUCAAGAGUACGCUACAUCCUGCCUGGGAGAGUUCUUCAGAUAUGAAGCACGAGGCACUACUGCAGAGAUCUCAUCUCUUGAGACGUACGUCGCCGGGAUAACCACAUACCUAUGCCGCACAAAGCCUCACUCCACAGGCUUGGCAGUCUCUGCUGUUGAGCUCGGAAUCACGAAGCCGACCGAGACGCCAUCAACUGGUCGCGCUCACCGUGAUGGCGCACGACCAACACCUACCUGCGUCUGUGGCAAGCAGCAUUGGUACACUGACUGCUUUAUCCUGGGCCCACGCCACCCGGCACGUCCGAAGACCUUACAGCCUGCAGCUGAGGCUGUACGCAAGGUGGAGGAAGCGCGGAAGGAUUCCAAGAUCAACGCGCGCAUCAAGGCAGCUCUUGCGAGAUGGUUGGCCCACCAACCUGAGAGCACUGGAUCAUUGCGAGUCGAUGACGGCGAGCCACCUGCCAACACUGACACGUUCGUGUUAUCUACUGACCCAUUGCUCAAGUAUUCCCACGACGGCUACGACAGCCACGACGGCCACACCAGUCAUGACAGUCACAACCGCGUCUGCCACAAUGAUGACGUCGUUAUUGCGAUUGACGCUCACACCGAGCCUGCAGGAGCCCCUCACGACAAUGACCGUUGA